CAACAAUUGGAGUGCAAGGACGAUGCGUCUCCUGCCGCUGCUUCGUCGGGCCAUGGGGGUCCAUGGACGCCAAGAUGCGACACUACUACAACACACUGCGACAAGGCGCCAUUUUGCACUACACACCUCCAUCUUGGAUCGCAUGAGCUUGCUCACUGAUCGCUACAAAGUCCUUUCAGAGGAACUCAGCAGCAACGAUGGCAACAUUCCUCCUUCGCGUCUCGCCAAUUUGUCUAUCGAACUGGCAGAGAUGGAACCAGCCAUCAACGCUAUCCAAGAGCUCCACCAUCGCCAGGAGUCGAUUGCCGAACUCGACGAGGUCAUCUCUGAUACGCAAAGCGAUGACCCAGAUUCUAAAGAGCUUCGCGAUAUGGCGACAGAAGAAAAGUUUGAACUGUUGCAUGGGUUGGAUGAGCUGGAAAAGGAAAUCACCCGCUUGAUGCUUCCAAAGGAUCAAGACGAUGACAAGAGCGCGAUUUUGGAAAUACGCGCGGGAACUGGCGGCGACGAAGCCGCGCUGUUUGCAGCUGACGUUUUUCGCAUGUAUCAAAAGUACGCGAUGCUGCAAGGGUGGAAGUUUGAAAUUCUCACGAUGAGCGAUACGAAUUUGGGUGGAUGCAAGGAAUGCUCCGUUUCGAUCAGUGGCCGAGGUGUUUAUGGCCGCAUGAAGUUCGAAAGUGGGACCCACCGGGUCCAGCGCGUACCUGUCAACGACUCCAGGGUCCAUACAAGCGCGAUCACCAUUGCUGUGCUGCCCGAUAUGGACGAGGUCGAGAUGAAAUCGCACUUUCCACCUAAGGAUAUUCGCAUCGACGUGUACCGCGCAAGUGGCGCUGGUGGACAGCACGUCAACACGACCGAAAGUGCCGUGCGCAUCACGCACUUGCCCACGGGUAUCGUCGCUGCCGUUCAAGACGAGCGCAGUCAGCACCAGAACAAAGCCAAGGCGAUGAAGAUCUUGUGUGCUCGCGUGUACGACGAAGAACGGCGCGCAAUAUCGAAGUACCGCGACGACAUGCGAAACUCUAUUACUGGGAGCGGCGACCGGUCUGAGCGGAUUCGCACGUAUAACUUUCCUCAGAGCCGCAUCAGCGACCACCGCGUCGAUGGGCUGUCCGCGUUUGGCAUCGAGCGUAUGUUGGAAGGCGAGCUUCUCGACGACAUCAUUGACGCGCUCGUGCUUAAGGACCAAAACGACAAACUCCAGCACAUGAACUCCGAGCUCGAACAAAAAUAGCACACGCAUUUUAUUGUUUCGAACCCAGCC